AUGCAAAGAGAGACAAAUUCGACUUCUCGUUCAGAAAUUGGAGCUCUGAAAGAGUUGCUGCUGCUGUUGUUUCAAAUCGUUAAGCCAAAAUGUGUAGAGCUUUCACAGCUUUCUUUGAUGCCACCUCAACUUUUCAGACCAGAUAACCCUCAGUUAAUCAGGGUUUUAUCAGCAUUGAGUGAUUUGCUUAAUCUGCAUUAUGAAAUAAACAAAGCCGACGGUCCAUAUAUUCUCACGUCCACAGUUGCGGACUAUAUUUUCUUUCCAGUGUCUAAUUUGUUAAAGCAGCCUAUUUUGAGUGAUGCGGUUGCAACAGGUGUGUUAAAGAUCAUUAGUUUUCUUUGGAGGCAUGUAUGGGGUUUGAAUUCUGAAGAGAAGUUAUUAGAUCAACUUUAUCCGGUUAUCUUACAUAUAGCAGGAAGUAAUUCAGAAAAAGGUGUAGAGAUGUCAGAGAAAGAUUUUCAGUUUAAAGAGGCUGUUGUUUCUUGCAUGGUCGGAUUAAUUGAAUACUUACCUCCAAAAUACUUUGAAGGGAGUCAAAAAAGACUCAGUUUAUUGGGGUCUACAAUUACUAUUCUUCUCAACAUUAUGUCAACUUGCAAUGCAACUCAAGCAGACUUUGAAUUAGUAAACAUUAUACUUUGCACAUUAAAGUUGUUGUACAAAAAGCAUCUUACUACAUUCAUGUUGCAGGAGGUAUUCCCGGGGAACGUGUCAAAGUUAGUCAACUACUUGACUACUUCAAAAAACAUAUAUUAUACAGUUAUUGUCAACGUUAUGGAGCUAUUGAAAGAGAUCAUUAUUAAGGCAUUUGGUGAUGAAGUUAUUCAUGUAGAGCCUUCAUCAAAGCCUCAAAGAAACUUGAAUGGCUUACGUGGUUUAUUGGAGGACACAUCAAUUGAAAGUUCCGAUAUGAUAUAUACCACAUCCAAUUUUGAAAUAAAGAUGUCGUCAGACGUUAAAAGGCCUAAAUCAUGGCUCACGGCUACUUCGAAGCAAUUAAAGAUUUCUUUGAUUAUUAUGUUCAAACAACUACUUAUAACUUCACCUUCCAAUAAAUUGAAGGUACGUACUAAAACGCAAGUCUCUAAAAGUAUCACUGAUUUUGUUAAAGAUGUACUAGAAAGUUGCUUUUUUUCUUUAGGUAAUGAAUUCUUGCCAAUAGCAUUAGAUGUUUUAUCAUUAUUGUUGUCAAAUUUUGAUUUUAAGAAUAUUCGGGAGGAGCAAAUAUGUCUUAACGAUUUGUCGUGGAUGGUUUUGCCUAAUUAUUUGGAAGGGAGCUUCACCGAUAUAAAGCUGGAAAUCCUUUUUGAAGGUAUCCGGGUCAAGUUAGAAGAUUUGAUCAAUAAUAAACUUUCAUCAAUCAUGAUGUCGACUGACGAAGAAAGGAUAGGGCUCUUGAUAUCAUCUUUAAUGUUGCACUUUAAGAUUUUAGAGAAAUUAUCGAGCACAUUACGCAAAUCUGAUACAAUUUUGAACAGUUUCAAGGUAUGCGUAAUGAAAACACUUAGAGAAGAAUUAUCUAAUGAAUAUUUCAGAGAUGUUUUAGGCAAAAAGAAGAAGUCAGAAUCAGUAACAGAGUUCGGUGAAAUGGGACACAAAGGGAAUCAGCUAGAUAAUAUAGAGCUUCCUCCUCAAAUUGAUGCAAAAAGAAUUACUUCUACAAAGCGGAAAAAGAGUAUGCCGAUUUCGAGAGACGCGUACUCGUCACAUUUGUUGCUUCUUGGAAGACAAUGGGCAAACGGAGAAGAAAACUUCAGUGCAAUCGUUGAAGAACAUUAUUUUGAUAAAGUUUUUUCCUUGACUAUAGAAAACAAAUUGGAAAGCUUAAUUAGUGUUUUAGCAGCAAUUGAUGUUUCAGCGACUCCUGAAGAUAGCUUAUUUUCUGCAAUAGAAGAUAUUUUGGACGAUGACUUUUCAAAUACUGACAUAUCAAUGACGUCGAUCCGAAGAGGUAUUUCUCUUUGGAUUGCAAAUCUCUAUAUGAAUUCUGCAGCCAUUCCUUCAAAAAAUGAUGGACUUGAGAUGGCUCAAUAUUUGACAUUGGAUGAUGCCGAGCCUUCUAGCAUACGUAUGGAUCAUAAUGAAGAACUUUGCUAUCUAAUUUUGAGUAAAUCUCAAGAUUUGAUUGAUCAAGUCUCUGAGUAUCUAGAUCUGCCCUUCCUGCUUGAUGAGAAAGAUAAAUUAAAAAGAUUAGAAAUAUCUUACGCAAUGGCAAUAGAUUCCAUUGGACUUGUUUCAUCGUACCUACCAUUACCAUUAUUUCAGUCUGAUGUAUUGAUUGAAUACUUAUACCCCCUUGUUGAAUCUUUGACAUAUCAGUCAAAUCCAUUAUUGCAAUCGCAUUCUUUAAAAAGCGUACAGCUAAUUGCAAAAAAUCACUACGAUGGGUCGGUUGAAAGACUAAUAAUAGACAACCAAGAUUAUUUAUUAAACUGCUUGAGUUUAAGGUUAUCUCUGGGAAACUUAACCCCUUCUUUAUCAGGAAUCCUCUUGAUCAUAAUGAAAUUGUCAGGAAUCAAAUUGUUGUUGACCAACCAGUUAUCAGAUAUCAUUACCAGGAUGUUCGUGUUGAUAGAUUCAUAUCAUGGCUAUGGAACUUUACUUGAAGGAUUUUUCAUAGUCUUCGAAGAGCUCACUGAUCAAGUCAAGAAAGAAUUCUUGAGCCAUAAACCUAAUCUCGAAACUAAUUCAAUUAAUGGGUCCAAUUAUACACCUUGGGGAAUGUGCAAAUACGAGCAACUCAUCAAGCUAGUAAACGACUCCUCUAAACUACUGAAUCCCUUUGCUGAUCAAGACUCUUCUAAGUACUUUACUAGAAAAGAGGACGCUCCCUUCGAGAAACCUGAUGGAGACUCCGAUGAUGAAACAGACGAUGAGACAGACGUUGACCUGAAUAAUGAUCAAGAACCUGAAGAGUCGCCAUGGACAUCACCUAUACCGAAGUCCAUAUAUUUCAUUAUCCAAAGAAUGUUCAGCUACGGUUUCAGGCUACUAUCUCAUCCUUCGGCUAAUUUAAAAGUUCAAAUAAUUAAAACAAUGAAAAGCAUUUACCCAAUUCUCUGCACUGACUAUAAGUUAUUGCUCCCUUUGGUCGCAUCAAAUUGGUCGAUUUUGAUGUCUUUGAUAAGUGGAACUCUUUCAGUGUCCAAAUUCGUUGGUCCACUGUCUCAUGAUGCCGAGAACUUAAGUAUUCCAGCAGUGGAAUUGGCAAUAGAUAUCAUCAACAACGACACGCAUGAAAAAUUUUUGAGUAAAAAAUUUAUUGAAUCUUGGGACUUCUUAAUCGAAAGUUCUAAACGAUCGAAUAAAGAAAGAUCAAUGCCUAAUACUCAAUUGGCUAGAGUAGCACGGAAUGAUAUGUUAUCUACAAGAAAUCCAAAUUUAUUGAGGAUGUACGUGAAGUAUAUUUUAACUGGAAUGAGAAUAUACGAGAGAUUUAUUCCUGAUAUUACUGCUUAUAAUAUGGCAAGCUUUUGCAUUACACUUGGGAUUCCAAAGAACUUACCUUUAGGACGCGAUACCAAUAAUAUUCUCUGGCUAUUAAGGAUUCAAUCCUGA